AUGGAGCGGGGCCGACUGAAGCAGCGGCUGUCACAGAUGUUCAGGAUACCAUCUUUCCGGUCAUCUUGCAGCACCAAAUCCCGCAAAGUAGACGCCGUCCAUGAGCCUCUCUACGUCUCCCGUCGCCACAACUGGGACGACGACGGCGUUCCCAAGGGCAUCGACCGGUCCCUGUCCCUCUCUCAUCUAUCCCCGGGUCGCCGCCUCCGCAGCCACCGCGAUGAGACCGCAAUGGGUUCCUCGCAGCGCUCGGUUGACCUCCGCUGCGGAGGAAAGAAGAUGAAGGAGAAGAGGGUCUCUGGGUUUGGGGGCAGGGAAGGGCGGAUGUGCCCUCCUUGCUCGCCUCUCUCUCCCUCCUACUAUCACUUCAAGCAGAUGAAAGAGGAGCUAGAAAGAGAGGAGAGGAGAAUUUCUAACAGAAAGAAGAAGGGGAAGGAGGAUGAGCAGGAUCGGAUGAAGGGGAAAAAGCUGUUGUCCAACAGUUACGGCUUCACGAGCUGUUCUUCAGAGGACAGCGAUCGCGACGACGCUGGCCGCUUUUUCAGCAGCGAGGAGGGCGGAGGAGGUAACAGAGAAGGGAUGCGGUCAAGGGAGAGAGAAGGGGAGGCGACUGAUAUAAUCUUCAGUGCGAGAAGCUUCUCCUCCGACUCCUCUGAAUUAUACUACCACUCGUCCCGCCGCCAUAACGGGACGAAGAAGAAGUCUUCACAACGACAACAAAAGCCGAAAAGAGAAGACCCCUCGCGGAGAAUGCACAUCGAUUUUGACGAUGGUUUCCGACCACUCGUAUCGAUUUCUUCCUCGCUAUCUUCCUCUCUUUCGGCCAACUUGCGUAAGGAGGGGUUCGCCGUGGAGAAGCGGUCGAGUGAUCCGUACAAGGACUUCAGGGGUUCCAUGGUCGAGAUGAUCGUGGAGAAGCAGAUUUUCGGGGCAACGGAACUGGAGCACCUCCUCCGCAGCUACCUCGCUCUCAAUGACCUCCGCCACCAUCCCAUCAUCGUCCAGGUGUUCUCUGAGAUAUGGGAAGCUCUCUUUGGCAACUAA